UGUGUCAUCGAUCAUAAUAGAAUAUCACAGCCAUUUCCAGACACAAAAAAACUACAAGUCCAUCAUCAUCGUCUUCUUCUUUCAAACGACAUUUCAACUGCCGAAUGGGUGCUGCAGAACCUGUGGUUCAGGGAGGGAAUGAAACUGGAGCUAAAGUCAGAGAGGAAAAUGGAAAGGAGGAGGAGGAGAGGAAAGCAGUGGAUUUGGAAGGGGGUUUACGAGAAGAGAGAGUGAUUCAGAUGAAUAGUAAUGGAACUGGAAGAGAGAAUCAUAAUGAUCGUCGUGAAGACAUUCUGCUCUCGAAGUUCCAGACGUUGAACCCCACUAAUCCAUUGAGGAUUGUGAUUAAUGGACCCAAUAAUAGGGUUCCAAAUCCUUCUCCUGCUCAAUCUCAACGUCCUCAACCUCUUUCCAUUCCAACCCCACAAGAACAGCGCCGGUUGACUUUGAAUUCCAGAAGAUAUACGAACAGAAUAUCUCUUUUCCUCUUCCUUCUCCACUUGUUAUUAGCUAUUGCCCUGGUUUGCUUUCUUGUGUUUAAGGGAAUUCAGGGGCUAAUCCAAGGAUCGGAUUCUAUGGAAAGGAAAGAGAAAAGACUAUUAAAGUACUUUCUACCCCAAGUGGAAGCUGCAGCUCUCUUGAGCAUCAUUCUUGCGUUUGCAUGGCAAAAAGCAGUUAGGAAAUGGCCUACAUUCAUGGUUCAUUUCAUAUUAUGGUGCUCUUUUGUGAUGUCUCUAUCUGCUGGAAUUCUCCUACUUUGUUUCCAAAAGCCUCCCACUGAUGGUGUUGGAGUUUGUUUGGUUGCUUUUUCAAUAGGCAAUGGCUUAUAUGCUUGUUGGGUUAAUAGGAGAAUUAAGUUUUGCAGUAAGAUUUUGAGUUUAUCGCUGCAACCGACUUCAAACUUCACUGAUUUGAACCAUCCCACUUAUUAUAUGCUUGGUGCUGGAUUCUUGUGGAUGACUGUCUGGAUAUUGGCUGUAAUUGGAGCCUUGAACUUCUAUUUCCCUCCUUUGGUCAUCAUUGCUUUGGUCUUGAGCUUGGCUUGGAUUACUGAGGUCUUGAGAAAUGUGGUUAAUAUCACUGUAAGUAGAGUCAUUGCACUGUAUUACCUAAGAGGAAUGCAAGCAAGCACUCACUUUUGCUUCCUGAGAGCUUUAACCCGCAAUCUUGGAAGCGCUUGUCUGGGGUCUCUCUUCGUUCCAACAAUUGAAACCCUGCGAAUCGUCGCCCGAUUUCUGAAUCUUCUUGAGGGAGAAGAUGAAUUCUUGUUUUGUUGUGCUCAUUGUUGUCUCAAUGUCAUGCAGUCCAUCUUCAGAAAUGGCAAUGGCUGGGCCUAUGUACAGAUAGCUGCAUAUGGAAAAGGUUUUGUAAUGGCAUCUCAGGACACAUGGGCUCUGUUUGAGAAGCAGCAAAUGGAAGAACUAGUGGACUCUGAUAUAACAAGCGCAGUCUGCUUCUUCACUGGAAUUUGCAGUGGAUCAAUCUGUGUCAUUGUUGUGGCUGCUUGGACUGCUAAAGUACACCAAAGUUUCACGGCCACUCUGUCUCUUCUGACCUUCUUCAUUGGAUACCUUCUGACUAGGAUCGCCAUGGCAGUGCCUCACGCAUGUGUUAGUUGUUACUACGUGUGCUAUGCAGAGAACCCACAGAACAGAGUGUUUGAUGAAACAAUUAAAGAUCGUCUCUCUUUGAUGAAAUCAAAUCGUGAUAUGAGUGUGCGUACGCCUCGAGUUUCAUCAAGACUGCUUAGAGUUUAGUUCACUCACAAUCUGCUCAGAUCCUCCUUCAAGCUUAAGCUUCUUCUUCUUCUUCUUCACUGUACAGAUAUUAGUUCAUGGCCAACAAGUUGAGCCAUUCAUUUUUGGAUGUUCGUAGUGUAGUGUAGUGUAUUGUAUGGAGAAAAUGAGAAUUCUUUUGAGAUGGAGGCAAAUAAGAAGAAAACUUGCAUACAAUUCUUUGUACUUUGAACUGUAAAUUUCCAUUAAUCAUAACAUGACGGUAAAUUGAAUGGUUUUUUUACCA